AUGAGAAGAAGAACCGCAUCGUCUAGUUCAUCGGAACCUACACGGAUCAUCUACAAAGAAACGUUGGUGCCUGGUUUGAAGAGCUAUAUUGAUGCCGAGAAACAGAAGGUUGUUGAUAAAUUACAAUCUUUUGCCAAAUCUUCAAGGGAUGGUUGGAGAACAGAGCUUCCAAGUUCAGGAUUAGGAAAUAGGGUUUUAGAGCAAAUGAAAAAUGAGAAAGAAAAGGAUGCAGCUUGGCAAGGAAAAUGUUCUGGUAUAUUGGAGGAAAUGAAUCUGAAGGUCACUUUUCGUAGAUAA